AAACAGCUCGUCAACCAGCUUGGUAGCUUGCUAGCCAACAUAGCCGAAAGAUUCAAGCUAUUUAUACGCUUUCGGUGUAUAUUACCUACUGUGUUUUAGACACACUUCUGUCGUAUCAACUUGUUAACCUAUUUAAUUGAAUAUUACCUUAUUUUGUAUUAGUCAGCUAUAGUAGCUGGGUGGUUAAGUUAGCGCUAGCCUAGUCGCCAAUGAUAGCUAGCUAGGUAGCUAACAUCCCCUAACAUGAGGUCAGUAAGCUUCUCCCCUCCUGCUAAAGAAGAGGCGGUCUGCUGGACGGAGAAAGAGGGUCUGUGGCAGAACAUUGUUGUGAAAGAGGGGAAGGAAGGUGAGGGUGUUACAUUGAAAGAAGAAGAGAAAGAAGUUUCAGUGAAAUUAGAGGAAGAUGAGAAAGAGGAGGAUGCCGUUUUUGGUGUGAAAGAGGAGGAGGGCGAGAUUACUGUCAUAUUGGAGGAAGAAGACGAGGUUGGAGAUCCGUUUAACCCCAGAGAGAGACGGGACUAUUGUGAAUCCUCUGGGGAGCCUCAACAACAGCAUGAUGCUGACGAGGCAGAGAAGAGUUUCUCCACAUCAGAACACCUGCGGAGAUCCACAAGGAAGAGACCUCACUGCUGUUCUGAUUGUGGGAAGAGAUUCACCUCAUCAGCAGGCAUUAAAAUUCAUCAGAUAAUCCACACAGGAUUACAGAAAUAUUAUAGCUGUAAUCAAUGUGGGAAGAGUUGUACUCAGCUAAGCAGCCUGAUAUUACACCAGAGAACACACACAAGAGAAAAACCUUAUAGCUGUGAUGAAUGUGGGAAGAGUUUUACUUGUUCUAGCCGUCUUGUUGUACACCAGAGAACACACAUCGGAGAGAAACCUUUUAGCUGUAACCAAUGUGGGAAGAGUUUUACUCGGUCAAGCAGCCUGAUAUACCACCAGAGAACACACACAGGAGAGAAACCUUAUAGCUGUGAUGAAUGUGGGAAGAGUUUUACUUGUACUAGCCGUCUUGUUGUACACCAGAGAACACACACCGGAGAGAAACCUUUUAGCUGUAACCAAUGUGGGAAGAGUUUUACUUGGUCAAGCAGCCUGAUAUACCACCAGAGAACACACACAGGAGAGAAACCUUAUAGCUGUGAUGAAUGUGGGAAGAGUUUUACUUGUACUAGCCGUCUUGUUGUACACCAGAGAACACACACCGGAGAGAAACCUUUUAGCUGUAACCAAUGUGGGAAGAGUUUUACUCGGUCAAGCAGCCUGAUAUACCACCAGAGAACACACACAGGAGAGAAACCUUAUAGCUGUGCUCAAUGUGGGAAGAGUUUUACUAUAUCUAGUGUGCGGACUAGACACCAAAGAGAACACACACACAGGAGAAAAACCUCAUAGCUGUAAUCAAUGUGGGAAGAGAUACUCUGAUAAUAGAUAUCUGAUUAAACAUCGGAAGAUACAUGGAGUUGUUUCAUGAUAUCAUUGAAUUAAUGUCACAAUGUAGAAUGUUUUAACAUUGUAGUAGGAGUAUUUUAAUGAUGUCACAAUGUAGAAUGUUUUAACAUUGUAGUAGGAGUAUUUUAAUAAUGUCACAUUGUAGAAGCCUAAACAUUUGCCCCCUUAUCAAAUGAUUUCAACAUGAUAUGGAUAUUAGCCUCAGGGGAAAAAUCCAGGCUCUGAAUUGAGAGAGUACUAUUUAUGAGAUUCAACAAAAAGUGACUAACAAGAAAAUAUUUGUGUUACACUUACCACAUUGGUGACGCACUUGAAUCAAAAUUCAACACUUCAAAAUAUAGCUAGCUGUUUUCUACAAAUUGUCCUCUAACCAGGGAUGUACACAUUAUUCCCAUGAGGUACAUCCCCAGGGAUGUACCUCAUCUUCCUCCUCUCGCACAAUUGAUUUCAACAUGAUAUCGAUGAGUGGUGACAAAUAAGUGUUGCGUUCCUUUGUUUAGCGACCCCUACAUUUACAUGCAUCACUCCAAAAUGUAGCUGACUGUCUUCUGCAGGUUGUCCUCUAACCAGUGAGGUAAAAUAUAUCUCCCAUUUCCAUGUGUUUUUUUAGUUGUGUUAGUUUCAACAGCACGAUCAACCUGAUUUCCCCCCUAAUCAAUAUCAGUGAUUUAUUGCUACUUGUCAAAACAACAGCGUUUUUGGUGCUUGUGCAGUUUAUAAGGUGCUUGUUUAAGUAAUAUGAUUAUUGUGGCAGAUGUUUGUGUAUAUAGUACAUUUUAUGUUUAUGUUUUUAAUUCGACACAAACUGUUUCUGCAUAUUGGUUAUUGAUUUGAACACGUUAAUACUGUGUUUUGACAUUGGGGCUAUCCCACCUAGCAAAAUGUAAUUGAAAAGCCGUUGAAAAUAAGACUAUGCAAUCAAAUAUUUCAUAAUGAAAAUUAUUCACGCAACCAACUGACCAUUUUUUUUGUACAAUUAUAUUGACAUUGUUGCCCUGCUUUUAUAAUAUCAAGGUUAAUUCUCACAUGUGCCAACCCAAAUGUACCAGAGCAUGACAUUGGGGACUGGGCCCCGAUCCAACAAUAUGCCCAUUGAGUGAACCCUGAAAAGAGAGAGAAGCUCUGCAGUGAGGUGAAAAGUUACUAUGGAUAUUGAGGAGUUUCGUCUUGAAAUCAGACAUGUCUGUGGUAAGGACAACUUUGUUUCUGAUUAUCUCAAGGGUGGGCAGUCAAAAUGUUUUGCGUUUAGCCAGUGAGUUGCCAUGGAUCACAAUUUAUUUUGACUGCACGUUUUUUCGUAUUGGAGAUUUAGUUUUGUUUGAGCUCGUUCCAAGGGGUGAGUUCUAGAAGCCAGUGAGUUUUUCAAAACUAGUUAAGAUUCUAUAGGGAGAAAGGAUACGAUUGUAUAUUAUUUUUUAGAAAUGUGUUUUUUCUUGUUUUUAAUUGACAGCCAGUCGACACCAUGUUUAUAUUGUAGAAGGUGAAGCAUUGUAGUUGAUUAUAAUGUGAAAUGGAAGUUUUUUUCUGUUGGUGGUGAGCAAACUUGUCCAACAAAAAUAUAGGAUAUUUGUUGUCUUAAAGGGAAGGUGUUAUAUUUCCUUAGGGUUCAUUAGUCUUCUGUUUGUUGUGCACUAAAUAUUUUUGUUUAUUUUCAUAGUUUUUUUCCUGAGAAGCCAUUGUGUUGUA